AAACCCCCAAAGGGAUCCUCCCUCCACACCAUUUCCUUCACGGCGGCGUUGCAUUCCCCUCCUUCCUCCACCUGAAAUCUCGUCGCCGACUAAUAUUCAACGGAGAACUCAACCAUGUCUCUCUUCCCAACAUCUCUCCAACAAUGCCCCAUCAUCGGUGGUGGUUUCACUCAAUCGUCAUUUCUUUCUUCUACUAAAGUUUCCGUCAAAUUCCAUAUCUCAUGUUGCACCCUCCCAUCUCCGAUGACCCAUGUUAACGGAAAUGCUGAUACGACAUCUACCGAGAGGAGUGAGAUUAGGCUAGGUUUGCCGAGUAAAGGUCGAAUGGCAACUGAUACGCUGAAUCUCCUUAACAACUGUCAAUUACCCGUGAGACAUCCAAACCCUAGGCAAUACGUAGCUGCUAUAACUCAGCUCGCAAAUUUAGAGGUCUGGUUUCAGCGUCCAAAAGACAUUGUACGAAAGCUGGUUUCAGGAGAUCUAGACAUCGGCAUUGUUGGUCUUGACACAGUAAGCGAAUAUGGAGAGGGUAAUGAAGAUCUAAUCGUUGUUCAUGAUGCACUCGCAUACGGAGAAUGCCGUUUAUCUCUUGCUGUUCCAAAACAUGGGAUCUUCAAGGACAUCAAUUCUAUUGAGGAGCUAGCACAAAUGCCUAAUUGGACUGCUGAGAAGCCUCUACGAGUUGCUACUGGUUUUACUCAUUUAAGUCCAAAAUUUCUGAAAGAAAAUGGUAUUCACCAUGUCUCCUUUUCAACUGCUGAUGGAGCACUGGAGGCAGCUCCUGCCAUGGGAAUUUCGGAUGUCAUUGUGGAUCUUGUUAGUAGUGGAACCACAUUGAAGGAAAACAACAUGAAAGAAAUUGAAGGGGGGGUGCUAUUAAGAAGUCAGGCGGUUAUGGUUGCUAGCAAGAGGUCGUUGCUUCAGCGUAAAGGUUUGCUAGACAUAACCCAUGAAAUGCUUGAAAGAUUUGAGGCUCAUAUAAGCGCGCUUGAUCAAUAUACAGUAGUGGCUAACAUGAGGGGAUACAACGAAAAGGAAAUAGCUGAGAGACUUCUGACUCUACCAUUAUUAUCUGGCCUUCAGGGUCCAACUAUAAGUCCGGUUUUUGGGUACACAAAUUAUUAUGCUAUAGUCAUUUGUGUACCCAAAAAUUUGCUGUACAAAUCAGUUCAGCAGCUAAGAGCUAUUGGAGGCAGUGGAGUUUUGGUGUCCCCUUUGACCUACAUUUUCGAUGAAGAAACUCCAAGAUGGCGUAACCUUCUCUUAAAGCUUGAGCUUUAAGUUGAAACAAACACUUACUGUUUGUAAUAACAUGAGUUGGUUUGUAGGUUUCUGUUGAGGAGUAAUUUGCUCAUGUUGUAUCUUAAUAAUGUGUUCCCUUCGGGAUGUUGUUUGCAGUUUCUUUAUCGUGUUAUGUACUUUUGGUGCAAAAGUAUUGUGUUUCCUUCAAGAUGUUGUAUCUUUAUAAACUUGUUUCCUUC